CUGUAGGAAUCGAGCUCCAAAUUAUUCAGUUUCGCUCUUAAUUUGCUUUUGCAUUUUCAUCUCAUUUCUGUGUGUGUGUGUGUGCGUGAGCGGGGAUAGAGCAGAGAGAUAAGGAUGGGGCUCCCUCUUCUUCUUCAACCCAACUACGUUUUCUGUUCUUCCAAUUUGAGUUUGUUGUUUCCAACUACACGGUCCUACUCCCACCAUCCUCCUCCUGUUCCUGUUGCCAAAUCUUCCCAUCUGUUUCAACACUUGAACUUCCCCUCACAAGGAGGGCAGCGGCGGCACCACCACAGAGUAGAGUUGAGAAAUAAGUCCAGGAUUCGUACCAUUACUUGUUCUGCCAAACUGGAUAAUGGGUCGGAAACUGUGAAAGAAAAAAGUGUUUCAGUCAUUCUUUUGGCCGGAGGGAAGGGCAAAAGAAUGGGUGCCAGUAUGCCAAAGCAAUAUCUACCACUCUUAGGCCAACCCAUUGCAUUGUACAGUUUAUACACUUUCUCAAACAUGAAAGAAGUCAAAGAAAUUAUUAUAGUUUGUGAUCCAUCCUAUGAGGACAUUUUUGAAGAAGCAAAAGACAAAAUCAGUAUGGACCUAAAAUUUAGGCUUCCUGGGAAGGAGAGACAAGAUUCUGUAUUCAGUGGGCUUCAGGCAGUUGAUCCGAACUCUGAGCUUGUUUGCAUCCAUGAUUCUGCUAGACCUUUGGUGUCAUCUGGGGAUGUGGAAAAGGUGCUUAAAGAUGGUUGGCAUAUUGGUGCAGCUGUACUUGGAGUUCCUGUCAAAGCCACAAUUAAAGAGGCAAAUAGUCAAUCUUUUGUAGCGAGAACUUUGGACCGGAAAACACUAUGGGAAAUGCAGACUCCACAGGUGAUUAAGCCAGAGUUGCUUAGAAAAGGAUUUGAGCUUGUGAAUAGAGAAGGACUUGAAGUGACCGAUGAUGUGUCAAUUGUGGAGCACCUCAAACAUCCUGUCUACAUCACUGAGGGAUCUUAUACCAACAUCAAGGUAUGGCCACCCCAAUUAGGUUGAAUUUCAUUUUCAUCAAUAUUGUUUAAAGGGUAUGUUUGGUUUUGAGAAAAAUGGAGGGAAUAGAUGGAUUUUUUCACC